AUGGCCUCUGCUAAACCCCGCAACCCGCCUCAGCUGCCCCCGCUGUUCACCACAACACCGAUUUCCAUCCUCGAAUCUAUCAACGAACUUAUUGAGACUUCGAAGCAAGCCCACAAGGACCUCGUCAACACCAUCUCGCCCUCCUCCGCGACAUUUGCCAACACCCUACUGCCCCUCGCUCACGCCGAGAAUGCUUUGUCUUCAGAAGCGACACUGCUGAUAUUCCUCAGAGAUGUGUCUCCCGACAAAGACGUUCGCGAUGCUGCGGCUCAAGCGCGGACAAUCCUUCGGGAUUAUCAAUUAGAGGCAUCAAUGAAUGAGGACGUCUUCAAAAUGGUCGACUCUGUCUUUGCCACUGCAGACAAACAAUCUCUCGACCCGGAGUCGCGGAACCUUUUGAACAAAAAGCACAAAGAAUUCGUCAAGAACGGUCUUCGGAUCCCAUCUGGCGAACGACGUGACCGUUUCAAGGAGAUCCGCAGUCGCAUCGAUGCUCUCACAUCCAAGUACUCGAAGAAUUUGGCCGAGGAUAACACCGCAAUUUAUUUCGCCCCCGAUGAGCUCGAAGGCUUCCCGGAAAACACCCUGUCUGAACUUGAAAAGGGACAGACGGGCACGGAGAACGAGGGAAAGCUCAAGAUUGAGAUACCCAUGGACCUGAGCUCCGUUCUCAGGGCAGUGAAGAACCCAGCUACCCGUCAGAAAGCUAGGCUAGCAUACGACAACCGAUGUCCGGCGAAUGUUGCUAUCUUCAAGGAAGUUGUGCAACUCCGUCACGAAGCAGCACUUUUGCUGGGUUACCCGAACCAUGCGACGCUGAGCGUGGAGGACAAGAUGGCAGAAACACCGGAUAGGGUGAACUCCUUCUUGAGCUCUCUGCGCUCGAAGUUGACAGAGGCUGCGAGUAAGGACGUUGAGACCCUACUCCGACUUAAGAAGGUCGAUGUUAAGGCGAAAGGUGAAGACUUUGAUGGGCACUACUUCACUUGGGACAAUCCAUAUUACGAUAAUAUGCUCUUACAACAAGACUAUGCAGUGGACCAGGCCAAGAUAUCGGAGUACUUCCCACUGCGAUCCACUGUGAAUGGGAUGCUCGGGAUCUUUGAACAAUUGUUCGGUAUGGUGUUUCAUGAGAUCUUGGAUGAGGAGAGAGCUUCAUUGUCUUCCACUGGAAAAGGAGAUGAUCUAGUCUGGCACCCAGAUGUACAAAUUUUCUCCGUCUGGGACAAAGAUGAAGAAGGCGGCGAGUUCCUCGGAUACCUCUACCUGGACCUUUACAGCCGUGAAGGGAAGUAUUCAAACCCGUCCAACUUCAGUGUUAUCCCUGGGUGUUGCAAAGAGGAUGGAGCGAAACACUACCCGUCUACAGCCCUGGUCUGCAAUUUCCAGCACCCAAGUGCCUCAAAGCCCACCCUCCUCUGUCACCCGGACGUCGUUGUUCUCUUCCACGAACUGGGUCACGGCAUUCACGACCUUGUAUCGCGCACGAAAUUCGCACGUUUCCAUGGGCCAAUGGGUACUGUCGUCGACUUCGGCGAGGCGCCGAGUCAAGUCCUCGAGAAUUGGUGCUGGACGCCCGAACAGAUCAUUUCCCUCAGUCACCACUACUCAUAUCUGUCCGACGACUACCUGAAUACCUGGAAGUGUAAGAUAGGGAAGAAUGAAGAUAUCAUGCAGCCACCAAAGGCAUUGCCGCGGGCAAUGGUUGAAAGUCUCCUAAAGGCGAAGCAUGCGAACAAGGCUCUGGACACUUUGCAUCAGCUCUUUAUCGGAACUUUCGACAUGGCUGUCCAUCAACUUAAUGAUAGAAGUGAGGAUCAGAGUUUCACAACAUUGUGGAAUCGCCUUCGGCGGGAGAUCGUCCCGACCGACGACCUCUCCGCCUUGGGUGCUGGCGACGAGUGGGGGCACGGAUACACCAAUAUCGGGCACUUCAUGAACGAGUAUGACGCUGGGUUCUACAGCUACCUGUUUUCAAAGGUUUAUGCGCAAGAUAUCUUCUCCACCGUGUUCAAAAGCGAUCCGAUGAGUGUUGAAGCGGGUCGAAGGUAUCGGUACGGUGUUUUGGAGAAGGGUGGCAGCCAGCCGGAGAUGACUACUUUGCAAGAAUUUCUUGUUAGGGAGGCGAAGAUGGAGGCUUUCUACGAAGAAUUGGGUCUUGAAUUGUGA